AUGGCCCUCGACAAGAACCGAAGGAGCGACUUCAGGCUGGGUGUUGGUGGACCAAAUCAUCAAUGCCUGGCGGAUUCUGCCGCCAGUGUCGGCAGCCAUGGUAGUGCAUUUUUUGGUUACAGCGUCGGCGAUUUUCUCGCUGUCUUGAAACUAGCAAAUCAAAUCCGGAAGCAGUUUGUCCAGGCGCCACAGCAGUUUCAGGCCAUCAGCAUCGAACUCCGCAGCCUGACCAUCGUGCUCCAGGAUGCCGAGGUCAGAAGCGACACGCUCUCCCAAGAACAAGCCAAAAGGUUGUGUGUUGUUCUAGGUAACUGCAAAGCGCUUCUCUCCGAGCUAGAGACGACCUUAAACAAAUAUACCGAUCUCGAGAAGCCGAUAAAAGGCCGCGCCUUGAAGCGCUUUUGGAAGAGACUCCAAUGGGAGCCUGACGACAUACGCGACUUGCGAUGUCGCAUUACGGCACAGAUAUCAAUUCUCAACACCUUCGAAGUCCAAGUCAUCGCAAAUUCAGUCGCAAAGUUGAGUAUACGUCAAGAAUCCGACACAAACUCCGCGAUGCUGGAAUGGAUAAGCCCCGUCGAUUACAUCUCUCAGCACAAUGACUACGAGGCUCGUGGUGAGCCUAGGUCGCGCAAGUGGCUUUUCGAAUCUUCAGAGUAUACGCAAUGGGUCAACAAGAAAGGUGGCAUUCUACUGUGUCCUGGGACCCCCGGUAGUGGCAAGACAAUUACAACGGCAAUGAUAACCAAAGACAUACAAACCAUGAUCGGGAACGACAAGGACAGACGCGUUGUGAAUGUGUACUGCACCUACUGUAUCAGCGUCGCGAUCAGGAGACCAACGAACUUCUUCGCAGCUUCCUCCGUGCCUCUUUGGAACGUGGCGCCCGUGCUCCCUUGGAAAUCUCGCAAGCGUUCGAGGCAAGGGAAGAGGACAACGACCAUUGAAAUUAGGGCUAGUGACCAGGACGUUCGACUGUAUCUGUCCCGGAACCUGUCCCAAUUUCCCAGCUCGGGCAUGUUUCUCCUUGCCGAACUUCACCUGAAGUGUUUAAGAUCGAAGACCACACGAAAGGCGCUCCGCGUGUCCCUUCAAAGCCUCGCUACCGGUUCCACGGCAUACGACAAGGCAUAUGAGAAGGCCAUAAACAUGAUCGAGUCGCAAAGCCACGACUGGAAACGGCUGGCUAUGCAAGCGGUUUUGAUCAUCGCAUGCGCAAGACGGCCUCUCGCCGUAGAGGAAUUAACAUAUGCAUUGUCACUCGAUGACGACAGCGAUACCAUUGAUGUUGAUAACGUCCCGGAUAUCAAUGACGUCGUCACAGCCUGUUCCGGUCUGAUCACUGUUGAUGUCGAGCGACGCGUUGUACGCCUCAUGCACAAGUCCACGCGGGAAUACAUCGACGCAAGAAAGGCGUCUCUGUUUCCAGAUGCUGAUACGAUUAUGGCCAUAACUUGCAGCCGUUAUCUGAACCUUGUUGCUGCCUCAACCGAUUCUCCUGGCGCUACAGAUGCGCCUCUACCUUUCACUCACGCUAAAACGGCCGUCCCGAAGCUGAGCUCUCUAGCAACAGCCAGCCCAAGUGACAUAAUGCCAUCAACAGCCUCUUCCAUCGAGGCUGCCUCAAAUCUAGGUCUCAUCCAGAUGGUUAGGGGACUCCCUGAUAUCAAAUCAAAGCUUAUUGAAGCAUGUCGUCAUGGAAAUUGUGGCAUGGUUGAUUUGAUACUUCGUGUCCACAACUACGAUCUAAACUCUGCGCCGAACUACCUUGGUGCUCCCAGCACUGAUAAGGGGCCUAUGCCUGCCAACGACUGGAAACGCAGCUAUCGAGUAGAUCUCAAGCUCUAUGACAAUGUCGAGGAUGUUGUCCUACUCACGAUUGCCACCGCUUCCGGGGACAUCCCAAUGAUUGAACUUCUCCUAGCUUCAGGUGCAGAACUUCUCAAACAGUUAACAAACAACGGAUUAGAUGUGGAUUACGGCGGACCACACAACUACACCCCUCUGAUGGCAGCCAUUGCCAAGGGAGACAUUGAUGCUACCAAAGUUCUCCUCUCACGCGCCGACAUUACGAAGCAACAUGGGCCUACGGGCUACUACCCUAUUCACUUUGCGGUGACCCUCCCCAGUCCCGCCCUCAUCCCAGUCCUCCUGGCUGUGGAUGGUAUCGAGCCCAAUGUACUUGACGAGAAGGGACGCAGUGCGUUUCGAUUGGCGGCUAAGCUAGGCCACAGUGAGGUGAUGGAGGAGCUUGGAAAGGACCCAAGAGUUCAACUCCACCUCCCUUGUGCUGAAGGACGGACAGCCUAUGACAUGAUUAUCCGACCGCCCAUCGGUGAUGAAGGUGUCUUCCGCGCGAUGCUGUCGCUGGACCCGGUUCACGUUCAUGCCGAUGUGACCAGCCCUGAACUCUCCCUACUUCACAGGGCAUGUUCGGUAUUGCCUAUAAUGAAUCUCGAACAUGGUAACGUGGGAGCAUGGGAUUUCGAGGAGCUGAGGAGUGAAGAGGCCGAUGUCGCCCGGCUUGUGACGGCCAUGUUAGACUUGCCGACAAUCGACGUAAACCUCCGCGACCGCGAAGGGAACACUCCACUCACUCUAGUCAUUCGUUCUUGCCAAGUUGAUACAGGCAUCCCCUUUGUUAAUGGCCUCGUCCCUUUUUAA